UUAAUAUAAAAUUAAAAGUUUUUUUUUUUAGUUUUAUAAAAUGUUAGAACAUUUUGAUAUCAAGGCAGUUGCUUUUUUUACGAUUGUUGUUGGUUUUCUUCUUUAUAAAAAAAUCUUUAAUGUGUUUUGCGAAGCAACAACGAGGUUGGAUGGCAAGAUUGUUAUAGUUACUGGAGGAAACACAGGCAUAGGUAAAGAAACUGUUAAAGACCUUGCAAAAAGAGGUGCUACAGUUAUAAUGGCAUGUCGUGAUAUGAAAAAAGCUGAAGCCGCUCAAGCGGAGAUAAAAAAAGAAACCCUAAAUGAUAAUGUUUUUAUAAGGCAUUUGGAGUUAGGAUCUUUAAAGUCAAUAAACAAUUUUGUAAUAUCAUUUUUGAAAGAAUUUCAUGAACUUCAUAUUUUGAUUAACAACGCUGCCAUUGUUUGUCCUUAUCAAAAAACUGAAGAUGGAUUUGAAAUGCAGUUUGGUGUAAAUUAUUUAGGACACUUUGCGCUAACGAAUUUGCUUUUAAAACGCAUGAGAGAAACAAAAGGAUUAGUUCGAGUAAUCAAUGUAAGCUCUCAUGCUCAUUAUUUUGCCAAAAUAAAAUUUGACGAUAUCAACUCCGAAAAAAGUUACGGCUCUCAAUCGGCGUAUGCUCAGAGUAAACUUGCUAAUAUUAUGUUUACAAAGGAAUUGCAAAGAAGACUCACUAAUACAAAUAUUAUAACAUUUGCUGUUCAUCCUGGGUUUGUAAGUACCGAAAUAGGAAGGAAUUUCUUAUUAGCUAAAAUUUUUUUGGCAAUAUCCAGAAUUUUUCAAAAGAGUCCUAAAUUAGGAGCACAAACGUCAAUUUAUUGCGCAGUUACUGCUGGUCUUGAAAAACAUGCUGGUAAAUAUUUUGCAGAUUGCAGCGUAGCAAAAAUCCGUAACAAAAUUUGUGACGACGAGGGGCAAUUAAAAAAGUUGUGGGAGAUAAGUGAAAAUAUGACAAAAAUAUCUUUUCCUCUUUGAAUUUGUUAAAAUCAUAUGUUACCUUAAAUUUACUAUAAGUUUUUUAAUUUAAAAUUGUAAUAUUACUCUUACAAUAUUAAUUACUUAUUAAAUGUUUGUAAACUUGUGAAUGUUUGUAAUAUUGUAUGUUAUAUUUGUUGUAAUAAAUAAAAGUAAUGUUCAGAACUUAAUUAAUUUGCAGUUUCUCAGAACAAAAGUUGUACAAUAUAAACAUAAUCUGUUGGUCAUAUGAAACAAAACUAUUAUUAGUUCGUUUAAAGUUUUUAUGAUUCACAUGCUUUGUGGAAAAUAUUAUAUGCAGAAUUCGCAUACUAUGUGUAAAAUAAUAUAUGCAUGAUUCACAUGCUUUGUGUAAGUAGUGUUUGUGAGGCAACCCAGACAGCAAGUUAUACUGGUCCAAUAAUAAUGGCUAGUCGAUGCCAGCAAAUUCUUUAAAAGCCUGAUAAAGUUCCCUUCUUGUAUUGCCAGUUCUGGGAAGCCGUAAUAGGGCCAUUGCCGAAAGGCCAAAUUGCCUGAGCUGAGUAGCCACAAAAAAACCAUUAAUGAUCCAACAAAGAUUUGCCGAAGCAGAACAGCAGACAUUAGGCCGAUACUGGCCCAUCAGUGGUAAAAUCUAAUUAAUGAUGAUAUAAACAGGAGCAUUUGCAUUUACUGGGCUGAUUUUUGCAUCCACCUUGAAAGUUGUUUUUUUUACUUUUCAUACAAAUAUAUCUUAAAACUUUGUUGUUUAAAAAAACACUUUCUGGUGAUUCUAUAUUGCGUACAUUAUAAUUUCUAAAUGAAUUUUAAAAAUUAAUAUUUAUAAAAAGAAAUUUAUGUUUUUUAAAUAAUUUUUAAAUAAAUUAUUGCAAUUAAUUCUUUUGUUAAAUAAAUAAAGUUUUGUAUGGGAUGUGCUGUUACACUACAAAUAACAUUAUGAUCAUGAUAUAUUAACAUUGUUUGCAUCAAACAUUAACCAUUAAAUUAGUUUUAAUGUUUAAUUUUUUUUCACCAAGCUAAAACUGGUUAAAGAAACUUAAAACCUAAUUUAUGGUAACUGAAGAAUGAUUGAUAUUGAUAAAAAAAGCUGAUAGAAAUGUUGGUUUGAUAGAAAAGAAAAUAUAUAAAAUAAUUUGUUUAAUGUGCCACCAUACCAUUAAUGUGCCACCACAUAAAUGUAGAAAAUAUUAAUAAAGCUAUGGCAUCAAAAGUAAUCUUGACACAAAAAUGACAAAUCUCAAGUUAAAUGGUUCAUCAAAAUCUGUUAAAACGGAUGCAAGCACUAAAGAAGACAUUAAUUGCAAAUUGAAGCAGAAAUUUAUAACGAAUCAUGUUGAUGAUUAGAUAAGAAUUGCAGAAAAGCACCAUUGUCGAAUGAUUAUGAAUCAAAUCUUUGUAUUAUAAUUGCGUAAAUAUAUUUUGAAAUUUAA